AUGCCGUGGAUAAAGUGUUUGGGUGGAGGAGGCGGAAACGCCAGAAGAGGCAAACCACUCAGCGUCAGCCAGCCGAUCCACCUGCUCGUCAAGAGCGAGUUCGAGCCGCAAUGUCACGUGUUCCGGACGAAGCAGUUGCGCAAGCCGCGGCCGUGCCAUUUGUGCCAUCAGGCGGUGAUCAAACAGGCGUCGUGCUGCCGAGUGUGCAAGUACAUCUGCCACAAGACCUGCGAGGACAAGGGAGCUAGAUUCCGGGAUACCUCCCAGCAAAUCCAUAAGCAAUGGCAGGCAGAUCCGGCGAGAGCGUUUCCAACAGUUGGCACCGUUACCACUGGUUCCGUCUCCCCCACCUCCGGCGAGAUUUCAACCCCCAAUUCGACGCCCAGUCCGAGCCCUAGCCCGACCAACAGUCAACAAGUCGUGCACAAUGGAGGCUACGAGGCGCAGCCCAAGAGCGUCAACACCAUCUCCAGGAACAAGCAACAACAGCAGAUACAGACGUCCUCGUCGGCGACGGCACCCGCGAGGACGCCGGGCGUCGGUGCGGACGCGACGACGGCUGGAUCCGGAAAGGUCGGGGGUCGCGUGGCGGAGAUGAUGGAGCUCCGUUACGUCACGGAGAGGAUCAUCGCUCUCUGGUACAGGGAGGACGUCCAGGGAGUGCUCGAGCACGCCACCACGCUGCUGCGAGGGAAACACGCUGAUAAUUAUAUGAUAUUCAACCUCUCGUCGCCCGGUCGGCCAGGCGAGCCGAACACCAGAGAAGCGGGCUGGCCGCAGGGGUUGGCGCCCAGUUUGGAACGACUAUGCGCCCUGUGCAAGGAGCUGGACUCCUGGUUGAACGGUGCGCCGAAUCGCGUGGUCGUUCUGCACGCCAGGGGGAGCAAAGAGCGAUUGGGUGUGGCAGUGUCCGCGUACAUGAACUACAGCAGCAUCUGCGGCGGACGUGACCAGGCACUGGACAGGUUCGCCAUGAGGAGAUUCCUCGACGACAAGAUCGGUUCCCUGCAGGUUCCGUCGCAUCGAAGGUACAUAAAAUACUUCAGCGGACUGCUCUCCGGCUCCUUAAGAAUCAGCCAGUCACCUCUUUAUCUAACGCACCUCACGGUCCUCGGUGUGCCGCUGUUCGAGCCGACGGGCUGUCGAGCGUUCCUCAAGGUCUACGAAGGGCUCACUCCAGUCUACACCUCGGACCUUUACUCGGUGACGAACGCUCGCGAGUUCACGGUUAAUCUCGGUGGUCUCCGGCUGCGCGGAGACAUUCUGGUGAAAUGUUACCAUAGGGUGUACUCGAAGCAGAGCCGGGAAGUGAUGUUCUCCCUGCAGUUCCAUACGUGCGUAAUUACGGAGAACGUGGUGUCCUUCCCCCGAUCGGAGCUGGACGUGGCCUGCGACGAUCCCAGGUGUCCUCCAGACAGCGUGGUGACUCUAUACUUCGCCACGGACGCGAAGCGUCAAGACGGCCCGAUACCGGCGCCUACGCCCGCCGUGCCGCACACUUCUGCCCACCACGAUCCCAUCCUGCACUGGGACAGCUACACGAAUCUCGAGAUCAGCGAUGACGAAGGACGGGAAACACCAUUAUCGCCGCCACCACCUUCGAGUUCCUCGGUUCAGACGUCGCCUCGUGGAUUGGGUUACACUUGCGGUCCCAUAGAUGGAUCCUUGUACGCUGUGGUUCACCAGGGUGCUGCCGGUGGUGCCCGCGGCUCACCAUUGACAGUUUCCAUGGACAGUGGCAUCAGCAGCGCUCCACCGCAGCGACCUAGCCCACCGGAGCCGGAGCCGGAUAACCAGGCUCAUGGUGAUCUUGAUAAACUCCUCCAUGAUAUGAUGCUCACUGUCGAGUCGAUGCCAGACCCUCCGUCAGAGGACUACCGAGCCGACAGAAGCGAGAAGAUGUACAUCCAGGAGACUCGCAGCUACAGCAGCCACGCGAGUAACUCCCCGUCGACGUAUUCCACGCUGAAGGACUCUUACAGGAGCUACGGGGCUGGAAAGGAGUCCAGCCCCCCGUACAACACGAGCAGCAGCUACAGCACGCUGAAGAACGAGUACCGGGAGCCGAGCAAGAUCGAGCACCGUCGCGAGGAGUACGAGUACCGUGUGUCGCCGGAUCGAAAAAUCUCGGAGUCCUCGACCGACUCGUACAGGAAGCACGCGGACUCGUUCUCGCCGCCCGGCAAUAUCGAUUAUAUCGACGAGGACAUACCGUACCACGCGAGACAGACCAGCCAGCCGUUCUCGUACGGCGCCACCACGGACAUGAUCAAACACCAGAAGCUCUCCUCGCCGUCCCUGGUCAGGAAGGCGUCCGUGAGGGGCGCAGCACCUGUCGUCGACUUCGAGGACAUCCUCGGCGAGAACUCGAGGCGACCCAUUACGCCUUUGAGCCCGAACACGCCCGACCCGCCGCCCGAGUUCGCUAAUGGGCCCGUGAAGACCGGAUCGGACCAUGUCGAUGGAUUAUCGUGGCUGAGGCAGCAGCAACUGAAACUCGCCGCGAGAAGGGACGAAAGAAAUCCGGGAAAACUCUGGCGACAGGAGACAGGAAACCGCGUGAUCGGCGAGUUGAGGAGUUUGCAGAGAGGCAGGCUGAGGCACGACGGGUACGCGAGUGAUUCGGCGGUCCUCGAUGACGAUGACGAAACCUGGGCACCGCAUUCUGUGUCUGGACAGACGCAAGCAAGGCCAGUUCCGUACACCUCCGCCCCAGCGAGUCCUCUGCUUCCGCAGCGAUCGAGCAGCCGGAAGUACAACGGUACCGCCGGAACCGGUACUCUGGGAAGACCGCGCGCCGAGAGCGUGAACGAGCGGCCCUUCAUGUCGGUGAAGCGAGCUUACGAAUACCGCAAGUACGGCGACAGUCAGAGCCCUCCGACAUCCCCCCGCUCAGGCUUAGCAGCCACGCAACCCUUAGGGUUAACAAUGCAGCAACAAACGUCGUUUAUUAACACGGAGAAGCCGCAGCCGCCGCGGCCUGAGUCGCGGAGCGACAGCUUCGCCCGGGCGGACGCUUUGCUGCGCGAGCACCGACAACAGCAGCAGCAGCAACAGUUGGGGACCGGCAACAGCACGAUAACCAAUCACACGGAGCAAAAGGAGAUCGCUCAGGAGUUCUCUGAUCGAAACGCGCGGCCGGAAUCGCGAAACCGGGUAGUCGCUUAUCAGAGCUUCAGCAGAACGAGCAGCAACGACAGGACCACCGAUCAAGUGGACACCGGUCUGCUGGCAGUGGUCGACCAGAAAUCGACCGGCCAAUCGACCGCUGACCCUCUCGUGAGCCUCAUUCAAUCACUGGCAGACAUUUCGCCCGUUCGAUCGCCCCCAUCCGUGACUAACAAGAUAGAGAACGAUCAUCAUACCGCGGCCAUCGGCGCAACGGCCACGACACCUGCGAGCAGCAACGUUCCUAACAACAUCAGCACUAAUUGCUCCCCUAACCAGUCGCCCAAAGCAUGGCAGAGUUGCACCCAGUCGCACAAUGACUCGGCUUCAUCGUGGACCGAGAGGAGCGUCAGUCCCGGAAGCGUGGUGGUCGGCAGCGCCUCGAGGCCGCAAACACCGGCUUUUCCGGUGCAUCCGCGGACACCGUACGUCAACAACUCGUCGCCGACGGUGACGUUCGCCUCCGAUCGCUCGUACGUCACCUCGAACACCAGCUACAACCUGAACAACAACAAUAACCUGAACAACGUCGAGGUCGGCGGCAAUAAUAACAACAACGUCGGGGGCUACUCGAGCGAACGAACGAUCUACAUCGAGGAACGAAGAGACGUCUCGAAGGAAUCGGGGCUUCCACCCAAGAGUCCGACAACACAGAGACGCUUGAGUUUCCCGGCAAGCGGGCCACUUAAACAAACGCAUAACAAACGAUGGCCGCUCACUAACCAAUCGGCGUCGUUCGACUAUAGCAAGGACCGAUCUGUUUCACCGAUAAACGAGUCGACGAUGUCGCAGUCGCAAACCAUCUCACGCAGCCCCGGUACACCGACACACAUCGAGUUCGCCCAAAGUCCGAAGAGCGCCGCGUCGUACACCUCCAUAAACAGCGGCGGCCAGUCGUCUCCGCAGGUUCAGUAUUACGGUUCCAGACGGUCGAGCGUUCACUCGAACACCGAGCCACAGGAGGUAGCCGAUGCCAAUGUGAAGUUCGUGCGCGACACCAGCAGGAUCUGGUACAAGCCUAACAUAUCUCGGGAGCAAGCAAUCUCGAUGCUGAAGGACGCAGCGCCAGGAACGUUCGUAGUCCGAGACAGCAACUCUUUCCCAGGAGCCUUCGGCUUAGCCCUGAAAGUGGCAACUCCUCCGCCAGGUGCACCGAGCAGCCCAAAAGACCCGUCCAGCGAGCUGGUCAGGCACUUUUUGAUCGAGCCAACCUCUAGAGGCGUUCGACUGAAAGGAUGCGCGAACGAACCCGUGUUCAGCUCUCUGUCGGCAUUGGUUUACCAGCACAGUUUGAUGGCCAUGGCGCUGCCUUGCCAACUGUUGCUCCCAGAACCGGAAGCUGCGGCUAGAGCCCUCGAUUCGCCUGGCGCCAAUAGCGCGCAGCAGUGGCUUAUUCAGGGUGCAGCCUGCAAUGUCCUGUACCUCUUCACAAUGGACACAGAGUCUCUGACUGGACCUCAGGCCAUCAAGAAAGCAGUGACGACCAUGUUUGAACAGAAACCACUACCCACUGCGACCAUCGUUCACUUCAAAGUCUCCUCGCAGGGCAUCACGCUGACGGAUAACGCUAGGAAGCUUUUCUUCCGCAGGCAUUAUCCUACUAAUAAUAUUAGCUACUGUGGAUUGGACACAGAAGAACGCACUUGGGAAUUCUCUAGCGACGACACGGGACGACCGGUCCCCACUCAUCGAUGCUUCGGUUUCGUGGCAAGGAAACCCGCCCACAAAUCGGACAAUCAGUGCCACGUGUUCGCGGAGUUGGAACCGGAACAGCCAGCCACGGCUAUCGUGAAUUUCGUCAACAAAGUGAUGAUGGGCAGCUCCAUGUCCAAGGCUAACAUCGUCUAAAACGCCAGCAGUCCCUGAGUUCCUCGGGCGAAACAGCGAUGUCAACCGAGCUCAGACGACAGAAGUAAAAUCGUGGGAUCGUUUAAUCCACGGCUAUAAAUCGACUCGAGGGUCGUAGCGAAGGGGAUCGACGGGGUCCCGAUGAGGAGACACAGGAUCAUGGAUAACAACCGGCUUCCGUUACGAAGUCCUCAUGCAUUUCGCGAACCGUAGAACCGAGUCAGUAGAGCAUGAACGUGUUCCAAUACAGUAGCAAUUAUCGGUAGAAAUCGGAUCGACGCGGAGACACUUGGAGAGGAAAACUCGAUUCCAUCCUUGGCGUGGCACGCCGCGAGAGGAGGCACGUUGUUAAUGGAGAUCGUUAUUGUUGGUAAUUACCGUAGAGGGUAGUAGAGUAAUAUAAAAGUAUACGCGAGGCGGGGCGCGACGAUGCGGCCGAUCGCCGAUCUAUUCGUUGUUAUGGGAUUCCGGUGAAUUCUAAUAGGGAGUUUACUUUUUAGUAUUGCCCUAAGAUCCCUUGACGUCGUCCCCUGCGCGCCAUAUUUUGCAGGGGACCGUUGCGCUGCGCCUGAUAGUCUGAAUGGGAGAUCCACGAACUGUCUAUAAUUUGAGAGUCUGGUUACAUUCGAAUGGUUACAGAAUUUCAAACAUUAUUCAAUUAUUCAAUGACAUUUUUCAGACUUUUCUAAGUCUUGACACGAUUGAAUAUUGUACCCCGACGUUUAUAUCUGAUCUACGAAGUAGACAGUGGAUUUUAUUUAUUGUAACUUGGACUGAAGACGUUGUCUCACUAUGAUUGGACAGGAUCGACUGCCAUUCGACUGGAUAAUAGUUCGUUCCUUGAUCAGCCGAUUGUUUGGGCUAUUCUGAGAUCUCGUAAUGAUUCUGAUUAUAGAACAUACACUAUCCUCGACUACUAAAAUUAAUCCUGGAAAUGAAUAACGACAGAGUAGUCACCGAAGCUUCGCCUUUUAUUUUUAUCUUUUACCUGAAUCUUUCGAGUAAUUAAAGAUUUUUAAGCGACAGUGUUCAUAAGGGAGUCGAGAAUGACCCAGUAUCGGCAGAGCAGGGUUCGAACGGUAAUAUAAUGAGGAAAGAAAGAAGGAAGGAAUAGCAGCAACGUCGCGUUCCGCCCCGAAAGCGAAAAAUAUUACGCGAACGAUAUGCACACGCGAACGUACCGAUAGUUGGUAGCAUAGUUGAGUAUCGACCGUGUUCGCAGCGCGGGAUUCGAAAGCGAGUACGUCCGACGAACGAACGAGGAGGAGGAGCGAACCCGGAAAAAGGGGAGCCGGAAACGAUGCACGUACUCGCGGCAAAUGCACUGUACGCGAACGAAUAGUUGAAACCAUAUGUAUGUUACAAUAUUACCACGUUACAACUGGGACUCUCGAGUAAUGUUUAUCGAUGAAAAUGUUACGUCGUCGCGGAGCCGAACCUCCGGUUGAUCGUGUAUGGUGUCGUGACGUUAUAUAAAUAACUGUAAAUAAAAGCGAGCAGCAGGAAAACGAACGCAUCGAUGAAAACACCAGGGGACGUGUGACGAUCCCCUGGAUCAAGUUCGACGGUGAAAGAAACCACAGGCAGCGUUCGGGGAGAGGGCGAGGAGAAUCGAUGUUCGACUCGAUUCGAUUCGUGUCAACGUGACGGAACAACAUAAACGAUACUCGGAGAGGAGUAGCGUAUCGGAAACGAAGCAUCACACGCGUAUACUAUCGGACGAAAAUAUUGGUUCUUUUUCUGUUGGAAAUGAACUUUGAAUAUUUCAUCAAACUCCGGGGGUGAUUUACUAACAAGAGAUUCAUUGGUGAAGAUUCUUUUAAUUUUUCAUCGAUUCAAGAUCACGGUAAACUUCGUUGCAUAGUAUAUUAACCAUCACUUUCAGUCCAAUUAACCCUUUGCAUUUGAGAGAUUCUCACUUGAAAUAUCCAGUACGUUCUAAUUAGAUGUAACGAGAUACUUUGAAAUAAAUUUAUUAAGAAGUCACAUAUGAAUUAGGGAACUACAGGUAUUUUCUUUCAAUAUUUCAUAUCGAUGCAGCAUAUAGAGGGUAAUGGUAAAUGCCAAAGUUUCUAAUGUUGCUCCAUCAAAUCAUCUGACUGGGAGUCGUCUUUCGAGUGCAAAGGGUUAAAUAGAAUUUUCUGUUCAGUUCCAUUCCUCUUUCGCAGACUAACAUUCUCGAAUAUUUUCCGACGAUAGUAUACGCACGCAUACACACAGAAACACGCAUACGUACACGUCAUUUCGUUUGAUAACCCCUCCCACCCACACGUAGGUUCUUGCCAUUUUACUCGUCCUGGCGAGCGAGGUCCUCCGGUGUGUCCGACACGGCGAAGGGGGAGGAUCCGAGCGCCGCGGACGACGAUGAUCAGUCAAUUAUCACGAAAGAAUUGUUACAUGUAAUUACGACAAUACCGCCGACGGAAAGGGGGGCUGAAGCGUGAAACGCGGAUCGAGCCCCCCUCGAAGUCGCGCAGCUGUUUCUUUUUUGUCUUCUUCUUUCGCGUUCCGUCGGCGUCGAGGGAGGAAUCUCUCUCUUCUCCGUUUGUUCUUGAUAUUUACGAUCGAAGACGACUGUGAACGAUCGAAGAGGAGGGAAAUUUAUAUCCGUCGGAAACACACACUGUGCUAGUCAAAAUUCGAUGUGUAUACUCGGAACGAAGAUGAAUUCGAUGAGUUUAGAGACGACGGGCUUCGUUGGCCGAUUUUUACCCUCCCUCACGCCGAGAACCCCCUGUCUAAUUUCCCCGGGCGAGCGGAGGACCGUCCCCUCCCCUUUAUUAUCGUAUGUAUAUCAUUUUCGUACACGUGGAAACCUGACUAACCGAGUAAUCAUUAAUUUAACACCAGUCAUUAUAAUAAUUCUUAAUUAUUAUUACUUAUUUACGCUCUAUUAUUACGUACGUUCACGCAAUAAUUGUAUCGUUGCGCGCCGGAACGGCGUGUCUCUUAUAGUUGUAACCGUAAUAAAUCAUAUUCGCAGCGUACGAGUGUUUGUU